AUGUCCAAUGUGAAAGAAAUUAUAAAGAGGCUGUUUGAAGAAGGACACUAUGACAGAAAAAUCCGCCCAGUUCAGGACUAUGACGAAGCCGUACACCUGGACGUGAGCUUCUUUCUGUUCAGUAUCAAUCAUUUGAAUGAGGCGGAGGAGAAGCUUGUGACCACAGCAUAUCUUGAACUGGUGUGGACCGACGAAAAUCUCCACUGGGAUCCCGGGGAUCACGAGGGCAUAGAACAUUUUUACAUUCCGCAGAAAGAGAUAUGGACACCCGACAUCGUACUGAAGAACGGAUUUUCCAGAUUUGAGGAAUUAGGGGGAUCUUUCUACUAUCUGGAUGUUGAUUUUAACGGACAGAUCACGUGGUUACCGUACGAGGUCUUUAAGAGUCAAUGCCCUAUCGACAUCACUUUCUUUCCAUUUGAUGAACAGAUCUGCCACAUUUCAUUCGUUAUCUGGUCAUACGCCAGGUCGGAAGUUGUGAUCUCUGGAUCUAAUCAUGGGAUCAAGUUCUAUCAGUAUGAAGAGAACAGCAUCUGGUCCAUUGUCAACACAAAGGUCACAAUUAUAGAUAAUCCCAAGAUAAGAGAGUCUGAAAUCACCUUCACGCUUCAUCUGAAGAGGAAGCCGCUGUACAUCGUCAUGAAUGUUAUCAUUCCUAUUUUCUUUCUGGCUGUUGUCAACAUCUUAACAUUCAUCAUUCCGGCUGACUCCGGGGAGAAAAUAACCUUCAGUAUGACAGUGUUUCUUUCAUUUCUUGUUUUUCUGAAUGUAAUAUCAGCAGAUCUUCCGAACAAUUCAGAAAGCAUCCCCCUUCUAGGCGUGUAUCUAGAAAUACAACUCGGAUACAGCAUCAUUGUUCUGAUUGUGACGUCACUACAGUUAAGAAUUCACUACCGAAGUGAGGAGGAGAAACUUUCACGAUUACAUGGUAUCAUAAUUAGAAUAAGUCACUUAAUGAAUUGUAAAAGAAGGUCCAGGACAUAUCCUGAUAACAGAGACAAUCAUUUGAAAAUGGAGCCGAAUCCAUGUGGAGAAAAGCGGACUAGCAUGCAUCUGGAAUGUUUCGCAGAUACCAUUGAUCAACAUUCGUUGAAAAUACCAACUGAAAUGAACGCGUGCAGUCAUAGGGCUGAUGAUAUGGUCACCAAUAAAACGAAACCUACCCCAUCACUCACAUCAUAUCCAGCUGAAAACGUUGAAUCGAUGUAUACUUGGAAAGAUGUUUCCUCGGCUUUGGAUGUAAUUUCCUUCUGGGUUUUUAUUGGGUCGAACUGUGUACUAACAAUCGUCUUUUUCGGUCGAAUGUUAGUACAAUAAAAGUUAUCUAAUGCGAAAUUCAUUGGGGGUAAAGUUGA